AUGUUCAAAGCUACGCGUAACUUUCUCAGGCGCAACCGCACAAAUUUCGCUAUCGGCUUUGGUCUUGUUGGCGUCGGCUAUCUCGCAACCAACUAUGUCAUAUCAAAAUUCGCAGAUGCCAGGGACCGUAUGUCAAGUGACCGACGAGCUCGCGAGAAGCUCACUCGAAGAUUCGAACAGUACCAACAGGACUGCACGUUGACAGUCCUUGCGCUGCUCCCCACGGCUACCGAGCACAUUCUCGAGGAGCUACCCGUCGAAAAGUUGACCCAAGAACUGCAGCAGAAGAAGGCUACACGGAUCGCAAAAACCCAGUCAGUGGCAGAUGCUUCAGAGGCGCCCACGGCUGCAACUUUUCCUCAAAAGGAUGAUGAUGCACAGUCGCUUCAAUCUUUUGCCUCAGAGUCUUUUGUCAUGGCAGCAAAGGAUGGAGAGGAAAAGCCCCGGAAAUCAAAGAAUAAGCUCUGGGAUGAAAUCAAGAUAAGCUCUUUAACAAGAUCGUUGACACUUAUUUACACACUGGCGCUAUUAACGAUCCUAACUCGGGUUCAAUUGAAUCUUCUUGGCCGCAAAAAGUACCUUUCCUCCGUUGUUUCUAACGCUGAACGCGAGAGUGAACACACCAUUCAUAUGGAAGAAGAGGGCUAUGGUACGGAUAUGGCGACGAAUGAUCAGUACUUGACGUUUUCAUGGUGGCUCCUUGAUAGAGGAUGGCGAAAUGUUGCUGAGAAGGUUGAGCUGGCCGUUAAGCAAGUCUUUGGGCCUCGGACCCCUCGAGAUACCAUAUCAUUAGGCCAAAUGAAAAAGUUGACGGCUCAGACUAGAAAAAUAAUUGAGGGUGAAGGAGCAGAAUCAAGUAUACGAUGGCUUCUCUUUCUUCUACCCCCGAGGUCGGAGGAGGCGAUGGUUCUCGCGCAAUCUUCAACCUCAACCGCCGAAGUCAAAGAGGGAACCAAUACCGACCCGGUUUCACCAUCUCUCCGUAGACUACUCGACGAGACAUCGGACUUAAUCGACUCCCCAACGGCCAACACGGUCAUGACGCAGAUGCUCAACGCAGCGUUCACGUUUCUUCUCGAGUCAAAAUUAACAGAUCAUGCCUUUAAGCCCAAGGCGACCGCACUGCCACCGACACAGCCAGCAGAGGAGGCAAGAGGUAACGGGGAGGACAAUGAUGUCGGGGAUGCGGCGACCACAAAAUUUGCAAGUGUAUUGGCGGUCCUGACUAGAGAGGCACACUUGAUUGGGAAAGACAUGCCGAAUGAGUACUUACAGGUAAUGGAGCAACAAAAGGAUCUGGAGGCGUUUGGCGCUUUAGUUUAUUCGUCUAAUUUUGACUACGUUGCGCAAUCGGGAGACGAUGGUGUUGCGGCAUAA